AUGACUUUAUUUAUAUUUCGUGAAAAGAUCUUGAACAAGAGAUUAAAAGACUUUGUUUCAAUGGUCAAGCUCGCGCCAAUGGCGAUGAUUGCAAAAUCACAUUAUGCAUUGUUAAAAAGUUCCAAAAUUAAAAAGAUUAAAAUUGAUUGGAUUACCCCGGACAACCAAAACAAAAUGCAAAAGUGCUUCGGCAUGACGAAUAAAGCGAGAAGUGCGAAGAUGAAGUUACUCGAGUCUUUUUUAAGCGUAAUCUUCGAUUCAAAUUGUUAUUCUGUUGUUUCCCAAGUUGCCUUAGUAUCAAAUUUCAAAACUUUUGUGCUUCAGCUUGAUAUUCAAGUAAACAAACUUCAAAGAACUUCCCUGCAAGCUGCAGCACAAAUAGCGUCAUAUAUGGAUGAUUAUUAA